AUGGCUUUCUCUUCUCCCGCCGCUACUUCUUCCUCCUCCACUAGACUCCUCUUUUCCUCCCACACUUCUCCUUCCUCUCCCCCUUCUCCCACCAUUUCCCUAACUCUCCCCUCCUCCUCCUUCCUCCCUUCCCUCACUUCCCUCUCCACCUCUUCCCCUCACCCCCUCCGUCGCCGCGCCUUCACCGUACGCGCCGCCAGAGGGAAAUUCGAGAGGAAGAAGCCUCACGUCAACAUCGGCACAAUCGGCCACGUCGACCAUGGCAAAACAACUCUAACCGCCGCCCUAACCAUGGCCUUAGCUUCCAUGGGAAACAGCGUCGCCAAAAAGUACGACGAGAUCGACGCUGCUCCCGAGGAGAGAGCUCGCGGCAUCACAAUCAACACUGCUACCGUCGAGUACGAGACUGAGAAUCGUCACUACGCUCACGUGGACUGCCCUGGCCACGCUGAUUACGUCAAGAACAUGAUCACUGGCGCUGCUCAGAUGGACGGAGCUAUCCUCGUCGUCUCCGGAGCAGAUGGUCCUAUGCCUCAGACCAAAGAGCAUAUUCUUUUGGCUAAGCAGGUUGGUGUCCCCGACAUGGUUGUGUUCUUGAACAAAGAGGAUCAGGUCGAUGACGCGGAGCUUUUGGAGCUCGUGGAGCUCGAGGUUCGUGAGCUUCUCUCGUCUUACGAGUUUAACGGUGAUGAUAUUCCGAUAAUCUCCGGCUCCGCGUUGUUAGCUGUUGAGACUCUCACCGCUAACCCUAACGUGAAGAGAGGUGAGAAUAAAUGGGUUGAUAAGAUCUACGAGUUGAUGGAUUCCGUUGAUAGUUACAUCCCGAUUCCGACACGACAGACGGAUUUACCGUUUCUGUUAGCUGUGGAGGAUGUUUUUUCGAUAACCGGUCGUGGUACGGUCGCUACGGGUCGUGUGGAGAGAGGUACGGUUAAAGUUGGAGAGACUGUUGAUUUGGUUGGGUUAAGAGAGACAAGGAACUACACAGUAACAGGAGUUGAGAUGUUUCAGAAGAUUCUUGAUGAAGCAAUGGCUGGAGAUAAUGUAGGGUUGUUGCUUAGAGGUAUACAAAAGGCUGAUAUUCAGAGAGGUAUGGUUUUAGCUAAGCCUGGGAGUAUUACUCCUCAUACUAAGUUUGAAGCGAUUGUGUAUGUGUUGAAGAAAGAAGAAGGUGGGAGACAUUCUCCGUUUUUCGCGGGGUAUAGGCCACAGUUUUACAUGAGGACGACGGAUGUUACGGGUAAAGUGACGAAGAUUAUGAAUGAUAAGGAUGAGGAGUCGAAGAUGGUUAUGCCUGGUGAUAGGGUUAAGAUUGUUGUGGAGCUUAUUGUGCCGGUUGCUUGUGAACAAGGAAUGAGGUUUGCUAUUAGAGAAGGUGGGAAGACCGUUGGUGCUGGAGUGAUUCAGACUAUUCUCGAAUAA